AUGCCUUCAAAAUUUAGUUAUGUGUUGUUUUGGUUGGCUUUGAGUUUCGUCACAUUUAAUUGUAUUCGUCUAUUAUAUCAAAAUGCCUAUAAGGUGCCAGUGAGGCUAUCAAAAUUUAAUGCGAGUCAGAAUACAACAAAGGAAGUAAUACGAUUUAAAGAUAUGGAACUAAAACAAUCAUUAGAAUUUAAAGUUCAUGGGUUAAGCCGAACAUGUAAGACAUACUUCAGUUCAUCUUUGAAAGAAAAUUUGAAUCUCUUACUUCGAAUGAAGACUGACAAAAUAACAGAAAACUACUUAUACGAUCUUGGAUUUCCACAUCGGACAAAGAAAGUUGAGGACUUAGAAAUUCCAGGGUAUGUUAGAAGAACAAUCAAGUCAAACAUACCAACAAUUGUGUGUGCUGCAUCUUCCAAUCAUUUCGCUGAAUUACAAGCUUUAUUUCUUCACAUUGAUACAAAAAUACGGCGAUAUUUUCCAAAUAUACAAGUGGUAUUUUACGAUAUUGGGCUAAAUGAACAGGAACGAAAUCUGAUUUUGAAUUAUGGAAAAGUUAAAAUGAGACGAUUUGAUUUCAACAGAUUCCCGCCACAUUUUAGAAUAUUACAUCUUUGUUCGUGGAAACCUGUUAUUAUACAGGAAUUGUUAAGAGAAGUAGGAUUUGUCAUGUAUAUGGACACGUCUUUACGUCCAAAUCCUUCUCAGUUAAAGGAAUACUUCACCCUUUCAGAAUCUACAGGACACCUGUUUCGAGCCCAUCCUGCUACACCAAAAUACCCAUUUACUAUUCCAACCAAUACAUUUUUUGGAACAUUCGAAUAUUUCAUGGUUCCACCGUGCUUAUUUCACGAUAUUCCCGAAAUCGAAAGUGGUUAUAUGAUAUUGCGAAGUAAUAAUAUAAUAUCACUUCUCAUCAUGCGAUCUUGGUUAACGUGUGCUUUGCAAGAAAGGUGUAUAAUGCCAUUAGGUGCUGAAAAUCGUACUGCAUGUAGUCAAUCUAACAUGGAUUAUCAUAAUUGUCAUCGCGAAGACCAGUCGGCAUUGGGUAUUCCAGUUUUACUCAUAUAUCAUCAAACAAAUAAUAUACCACUUUUACCCUGGUCGUCAUUUGUUACAAAACGGGGCGAAUCUAGUAAAUAUUUGCUAAAUAACGUAAGUCGUUCUAAAAUGAAAUUAAUAAAAACAAAUAAAAGAACAUAA